AUGAAAGAACAUUUGAUCAAAGACACAGUGUGGAAGGAAAUCGGGGAUAGGAUAAAACCACUUGCUACUGCCAUAUCUAAGGAGGACAAAGACGACGUGGACCAGCAUUGCAGUGGCCUGGACGGGAAAAACAAACAGGUAUGUGUGUACAUUGUCAGGGGGGUACAGGAUAUAUACAAAAUUCCAAAAGAAACAGGCGGCAAAGAAAUUGAAAGAAUAAAUAACAGAAAAUUUAAGGCUACAAUGCAAUGUGUAAUAUUGAAUGCAUAUAUAAAAAAAUUGGAGGAGCAGGCGGAAGAAUCCUCCUGUUCCAUAAAGCAAGGUAUAGAAAAGGCAUUUGGGGAAAAUGAAAAAAUUAAAACAUCUUCAUGCCCAGAGGGCAUUACUUGUGAAGUAUGCAAUCGGGAGUAUUGCCCUAAUCAAAAAAUAGGUGAUAAGGAAAUAGGAACAGAAUUGAUUACAAGACUCAACAACAAUGACCAAAUAAAGACAACUUUGUCUACUAUAGAUAUUUUAUGUAAAGACUGCACUAAGGAACCUACCUUCUGUGACCGUGAAAACAUGAAGACGGACAUCAAUGAUAGGGCCAUAGAAAUGUUUAAGAAAAUAUCUAAAGAUAGCAAAAAUAUGGAAACUCAUUGCAGGGGGAAUUCAGAUCCAACUAGUAGAAUAGUCACGGACACAGAGAAAACUGCAUGUAAGUUUAUUACUGCAGGAUUAAAGUAUAUUUACGAAAUUCCAGCAGAUCCAAAGGAGAAUCGAAAAUAUGGAACUGAAGCUUUGGACAACCAAUUAUUUAGGAGAACUAUGGCAUGUCUUCUCCUAAACGCUUAUGCAAAUAAGUUGCAAGGGGAGGUGAAAUCCCCCUGUGAGGUCAGUGAGAAAACAACAGAACAAGCAUUUGAUAGAGGGAAUAAAGAGAGGAAUACUUGGUGUGUGGACAGUGAUAAGAGUAAAUGUUUUAAGUGUGAAAGGGCACCUGACUUAAGUUGUGAAAUAGGUGGAGAGAAAGUAAAGGAAAAGUUGAAGACAAUGCUCAACCAGAACGAUGCCAACAUAACACAAACUCUAAAUACUCUAAAUACUAUAAAUGACAACUUAUGUGAUCGCGCCCAGUGUGUAACAACACAAUGGACCAGAGACAGAAGGGAAGGGGACAAAAAGAAGUGGGAGAAGGAAAUUUGGGACGAUGGGGACAUGCCGAAUAUAUUGAAAGAACUGUCUAAUUCUAUGAAGAAUGGAAACACAGCGGACGACCCUCUAUGUACAAACAUUAAUAAAAAUAGUGGUACACCAUCGGACGCAGAAAAAAAGGCAUGUAAUUAUAUUGUUACGGGAUUGAAGCACAUAUAUGGUAUUACGGAGGAACUUGGGGACAAACCUCCUCAGAGAAAAAAAAAUGACAAAAGGUUUAAACAAACUAUGGCCUGUCUAAUAUUAAAUGAAUAUGGAAAACUUCUUGGAGAGGAAUGUGCCACCAAGGAUACCGUACAGAAGGCCUUUACUGCCGCGCAGGAUUUUCACAACACGCAAUGUAAGCAGCAGCCAUGUGAAAAAUGUACGUGGGACACAUGUAAAAAAUUUAAAAUUGAACAGAAGAGCCAACGGGAAGAAAUAAGAAAAAGGCUCAACCAGGAUAACGACAUAAAAAGUACUCUAACUACUAUAAAUGAUUUAUGUAAUCAGAGUACACAACCGAAGGUUACGAACACUCAGGAGAAUAGUGGAGUGGCCAGAAGUGGAAAACCUCCUGAACCAUCACCAGGACCAGGACCAUCAGAUGACAGUAGUGCAAAGGCUGUGGACACAAACUCACAAGCAGAGAGGAGUGAAAAAGGUAAGGAGGGGGACGAUGCACAUGAGGCUAAGGCAGGUACGGGUCCUAUGCUUACCAUAGGUACAAAGCGUGCUCAGGUCGAAGUUAUUUUUCCCACUAUAACAAAGAAUGAAGAUGACAGCUGUCCCCCAACUAUGACCCGUACUCAGUGUGAGGCAGCUGAAAAAUUCACUUCCCAUUAUUCAGGCCCUAAUACAGGUGAAGCAGGUACUGGUAAAACGGACGGCGCAACAUCACCACAAACUCCAAGUAAGAACACUAAUGAUGAAGCUUCUUAG